AGAAGCGGUAACAGCAGCAGCAGUGAUUCGGCCUCAGUGCUUCGCUCUGCCCGUCUGUGUGCGUGUGAGAGCGGCGAGCGCCUGACGUUACCUCCCCUUGUGUUAUUGAAAAAAGAUUGAAGAUGGCGUCCAGCUCGGAGCGCAGUCCUCCUCCGUUCCCCGACUCCGAGGACCAAGAUGUGCUGGACUCAGAAGAAGUUGGAGGCCGAGAAAGUGAUGAGGACGACGGGGAGGACCUCUUCAUGAGCACGAGCGAACAGCCACUGACUGAAAUGGACACUACCCUGCCAUCGGCCACUCAACCCAGCGACGUUUUAAUGAGUUCCCCCCUUGACAUCAUGAGCGAUCCGUUAAUUGAGCCGUUCAGCAGCCCAGUGGAAAACAAAUCAGCUGGUGAAGUUGUCAGUGAACCCUCGGAUGAUUUUGUUGACCUGACAAACAACGUAACCGAACCCGCCGCAGACGGAGUUACAACUGAAGCAAACGAUUCAGCUGCAAUCUCCUCUGAUGAUUUCUUUGACAUACUGGGAAGUGAAAGUGAGGCACUGCGGGAGGAAGUGGUGGUAGUGGAUGACAAUGCUGAAGCAGCAGCAGCAGCGGGUAAAAGUGAAGUGACAGGAAGUGUCACAGAUCCACCUGGCACUGGAAAACAGGAAGUAAAAGAAACGUCCACUGCUGCAGUUGUCGACAUCAGUGGUGAUUCAUCAGCCAGUGACACACAGCAGCCAUCUGGCAUUGAUAAAAUUGUUAACCCUCUGGUUGACCUCCUUAGUGAUGCUCCUCCCUCUGCUGAUGCCAAAAAACCCAGCAGGGCAGCAAUGGAUUUGUUUGAGGACGAGGGGAGCGACUUGUUUGCAGAACCACGGCAGACCAAAUCCGCCAAGCAGCCUCAGAAAAGCCUCUUUGGUGAACCGGACGAGGAUCUGUUUGGUGAGCCGCUGGGUGCCGCGAAGAAGAAGAGCAUCAAUAAAGAACACAAGGACAAAUCUGUCACAAUCAAAGCUGCUGCUGUCAACAAUGCAGGGCCACUGCAAGAACCUGCUGACCUCUUCAGUGAAGAAGCCGUCACCACGGCACCCACCAAGAGCAACACCAGCACUGUCCAAUCUAAGACCAACGGAGUCCACUCUGAAGAGGAGGCAGACAUCUUUGCUGCAGAAGCCACAGUGGAGCUUUCACUUGACAGUCCGCGGAGCGAGAGGAAGAAGAAGAAGGAGGAGGAGGAGGCGGACAAACCGUCUGCCUCUGCCCCCUCACUGUCUGUCGCUGCCAGCCUGGCCAAGACACAGCCUGCUGCCCUUGAGGAGCUGGAAGAAGAGGAUGAAGAGGAACAGGAAGACACAUUUGACAUUUUUGUCUCUGUCAAAGACCCUGAAAAAAUAGGUGACGGGAUGAAUGCUUACAUGGCCUAUAAAGUAUCCACACAGACCACGCUCGCCAUGUUCCGCAACAAAACAUUUACAGUGAGACGGCGCUUCAGCGACUUCCUCGGCCUCUAUGAGAAACUGUGUGAAAAACAUGGACCAAAUGGAUUCAUCGUGCCUCCACCACCAGAGAAAAACCUCCUGGGUAUGACGAAGAUGAAGGUAGGAAAAGAAGAUUCCUCGUCCACAGACUUUGUUGAGAGACGACGAGGCGCCCUGGAGAGGUAUCUCCAGAGGAUAGUCAAUCAUCCUUCACUUCUCCAAGAUCCAGAUGUCAGAGAGUUUUUGGAGAGAGAAGAACUGCCCAGAGCAGUGAGCACUCAGGCUCUGAGCGGUGCUGGCUUCCUUAAAAUGAUUAACAAAGCAACAGACGCUGUCAGUAAAAUGACCAUCAAGAUGAAUGAGUCAGAUGUGUGGUUUGAGGAGAAACUGCAGGAGGUUGAGUCUGCUGACCAACAAUUCAGGAAGCUGCACGCUCUGGUGGAAUCCCUGGUCGUCCACAGGAAAGAACUGUCUGUGAACACGGCCAGUUUCGCCAAGAGUACGGCUAUGCUGGGCAGCGCGGAGGACAACACUGCUCUGUCCCGAGCUCUGUCCCAGCUGGCAGAGCUGGAGGACAAAAUGGAGCAGUUACACCAGGAUCAGGCUACAAAUGACACCUUCAGCUUUGCCGAGCUCAUUGCAGACUACAUCCGCCUGCUCGGAUCCGUGAGGGCCUCGUUUGAUCACCGCAUGAAGGCGUGGCAGCGUUGGCAGGACGCUCAGACCAUGCUGCAGAAGAAGAGGGAGACCGAGGCCAAACUUCUGUGGGCGAACAAGCCGGACAAGCUGCAGCUGGCUAAAGAGGAGAUCGCUGAGUGGGAGGCCAAAGUGACACAGUAUGAGCGGGACUUUGAAAGAGUUUCCACCACUGUGCGCAAGGAGGUCCUUCGCUUUGAGAAAGAGAAGGCCAGGAAUUUCAAAUUACGAAUAAUCACAUACUUGGAGUCUCAACUUCAGUCUCAACAACAGCUGAUAAAAUACUGGGAGGCUUUCCUGCCAGAAGCAAAAGCGAUCGCCUAAUGGUCGAGCACCAGCCUUUUUUUGGAUGCCACAGCCGGCCGCCUUUUUCUUAUACACUUUACCUCUUUUGCCUUUAAACCAAGGAAAACAUGUGCAUUGUAAAGGGAGAUACAAUCAACCAGUUUUGUUUUUUUUAAAUCACCUUUAACUUCAUAGCUCUGUAUUCUAUUGUAGUAAUAAUUGUAUAUUUUCAUUUAACCUUUCACAAAUAUUUUCUUAUGAGAUUAAAAGUUUGCAUAUACAAAGUUAUGGGACGUAUCAAAGAGGAGAUACAAUUCUAGAUUAAUUAUUCCACCGAUUUGUUUUCACGAGAGAAGGGAAAUAAAGCGAGUCCGUUGUUCUCAGGAUUUUCUCCCUCGUGUGAUCAUGUGAUCUCCUUCUCGUCAGCAGAGGUUAAUCGUUUACAGCGCGGCUGCUCUAUCAUCACAUAUUUGUGGGGACCUGAGAUGAAGGAAGUGGCCAAGAAUCUUCAUCCAGUUUGUUUUUUUCUGUCUUUUUUUUAAUGGCUUAAAGGGAUAAAUUACAGAUUGAAAAAAGAUAAUUAUUAGCACUUCCACGAGGUGGAUAAAGUACAUUUCUUUGGAAAAUAAAACAGUUUAUGUGGUGGGGACUGGGUGGAGGGUGAAGAGGCAGUAGAUUAGUAAGAGGUGGUUAAAGGGUUGCAUUGUACCAUAGGUGAAGCUUUCAGGGUUAAUGUUUUAGAUUUGAUUCAUAAUAAUUGUGCAGAAUUUGCUCUUAAAACUACACGUGUUGGUGCCUUUUUUUUUGAAAAAGCCUGAAAGGUGUUUUUUGUCUGCAGAUGCCAAAUUAAAUCUGGUUUGGGAGAAUUGGUACAGUUCUUUUCCACAACAGCCAUAAAGAAUACUGGUGUUUUUACAGUUAAGUCACUUUACUACAGAUUAAAAACAUUUUUUUUCAGGUCAUUUCUUUUGCUUCACUACCUGCCAAUUAAUCUGCAGAGACUUGAAAACAUGUAAUCCCACACAGGCUGAAGCUGCUUCAUCAGUGUGUGCUAAUAAUAUACACCAGGCACUUCAAUUACCAGGCAGUGACGAAUAACUUGGUCUGAGAAGUUAAUGUUUCUAAGAUAAUGUCUGGAAGGUAGGAUGUGAAUUAGAAAUGUGGUUGGUUGUCAUCAUGCUGAGCUUCUAAAGUGACGUAAGACGUAUGUUCAGUGUAGCUUGUGUUGGUUAGAUUUUCAGUGCUUUAUUCCUGAUGGAAAAUACACAAUAUCCCAGAGUGACAUUGUGAAAUGUUAUCGGCUUUGGUCCAAAAAGGCACACUAAAGAUUGUGAAGUGUCGGGCUGUCUUCAUUAGCGUCUCCUGUGGAUGAAGUGAAGUAUAGUUCUGUCCAGUUUUACUUUGGGCCAAUGAAGGCAGGGGAAACUACACCUCACAUCCAAACAGCUUUCUUGGAAAAACUAACUGUAUUUGGUUAGGAAACCCUGUCUGUACAUACAUUUGUUUACUAGAAUCCACAGGGUACAUUUUUAAUUUCCACGGAGAUGAAACAGAAUAAAAAGUAAAUCUGCACUUUUGAGAGUGGCACCAGCAAAUGGUCUUUUUUUUUUUGAUUGAUUCAUGAAUUCAUUAUUUUAGCAAUUAAGAUCACAGACAGCAUUAAAAACACUGGAAUUGUCCUGUAAAAUCCUCUCUGAACACAAAUUACUUUUGAGAGCUCACAGUUCACACUGACCAUGUCACAGUGAACCUAAUAAUGCUUCCCUGCUGGUUCCGUGUGCAGCUUUAUAAACUGGAUUUAUAUCAAACUUGUGUCACAGCAUGUUUCAGGAUGCCAUCUUGUGAUUACAGCUUUAAUUUCACGUUUCCACACUUGCACUAAAGCCGUGCAGCCGUGAUGCCACACACGCACACACACGUUUUAAGACGUCAAUAAACUUGCAGACAUUUCUUUGCACUUGUUUUUGAUUGUUAAUCGAUUGCCUUUUUUUUCCUAACUGUCGCCAAAUUGGAAGCGGCUGUUCCUUUUUUACUCUUUAUGUCGUCACUUGUCAACACGCAGAGCAAUGUCCGCGACGUGCACUGUCAUAGAAAAAUCUUUUAAAACAAAUCAAUAAAAGUUGCACUAUUUACACUUGGA